GCACUCCGAGGCAGGCCGGGAAUGGGGGCGGUACCACCGCGCCCCUAGAAAAGCAAGUGCUUGGGACGCCUCCCCUCCUCACUGCAGCAUGGGGUCCCUGCCGCGCACCUUGGAGCUCUACUACGACGUGCUGUCCCCUUAUUCAUGGCUGGGCUUUGAGAUCCUGUGCCGGUACAAGAACAUCUGGAAUGUGGACCUGCAGCUGCGCCCCACGCUCAUUGCAGCCAUCAUGAAAGACAGCGGAAACAAGCCUCCAGCAAUGCUUCCCCGAAAAGCCAUGUACUUGGCAAAAGACCUGGAGCGCUUGAAACAGCAUGUCCAGGUCCCCAUCCGUGCCCCCAAGGACUUCAUGUCUGUGAUGUUCGAAAAAGGAAGUAUGUCGGCCAUGUGCUUCCUCACAGCUGUGAACAUGGAGUGUCCCGAGAAGUUGGAGAAGGUGUCCAGAGAACUGUGGAUGCGAAUCUGGUCCCAGGAUGAAGACAUCACAGAGCCCCAGAGCAUCCUGGCGGCUGCAGAGAAGGCUGGCUUGUCAGCUGAGCAAGCCCGAGGACUCCUGGAAGCAAUGUCCACCCCGAAGGUGGCGAACCAGCUCAAGAAGACCACUGAGAAGGUCUGCAAAUAUGGAGCCUUUGGGCUGCCUGUCACUGUGGCCCACGUGGAUAACCAAACCCACAUGCUGUUUGGCUCUGACCGGAUGGAGCUACUGGCACACCUGCUGGGAGAGAAGUGGAUGGGCCCCGUGCCACCAGCCGCAAACUCCAGGCUUUAAAAGGACGCCCAGAGGAAAGAGUUGGUACUGAAAGACCGGCCAUCUGCUCUGUUCCCCACUACUGUAAUGCCCUGGGGGUCUCUGGAUUUCCUCUCUGGCUGGGGUUCCUUUGUAUUCCCAGGGGUGCGUGUUGAGGAGGGGGGGCUGCAUGGUCCUCUCAGGCUUGCUGUCACUUCUCUGCCUCUCACUCUGUAGUGCCUUCUCAAGCCUCCAGCUCCACAGGCUCACAGAAUAAACCUCACAUUCUCAGUCAAGUCACAA